AUGGCGCAAGUCAUAGGCCCCGCGGUGACAAAAAGGCUCAGCUUUGGGCAUGCCUCGCACCAAGCUUCCCUUUCACCAGAUGGGCCCGACGGGAUAGCAGAGGCGGCCCUGACGUCACUGCUCGCAACGACGGCACAGAGGUUUGACGAGGUAGAGGCCGCCGCCCGGGCCAGGACGGAUGAGGUGGGCGAGGCAGAUCUUCGUCGCCUUAAGCGCCAGUUCGGCAGCCUCAAGAACAGCUUCCUGCACUUCGAGGUCAAGGAGUCCUUCAUCACAUCCCUGAUCGAGGGUCUCCCCACCGGGACUGAGGCCGACCAGCUCGCCGACUUCGAGGCCGAGGUGGAGGCCACUGUGGCCCGCCUGCAGGCGGUCAAGGCGGGGAACAAGGCACUGACCGCGGAGAUCGAGGGGCUGAUCGAGGAGGCGGGUGCCGAGCUGGAGCGCCUGUCGCGCGAGCUGGCCGUCGCCUCCGAGGAGGCGCGGCGGCUGGAGGCGGAUCUGGCCUCCGCGGCCUCCGCGUCGGAGGACGCGCUGGCGGCCACGCAGGCGGCCCGCGACGAGGCCUCCGGCCUGAGCGCGCGUGCCGGCGACCUGGCGGCGCGCCGAACGCGCCGGGGUCAAGAGCGCGCCGGCCCCGACCACUGCGCCGACCUGGUCCGCUGGGCUGCCGCCGCAACCGAGCUGUGCUGUGCCCUGUCUGGCGUCAGCGUGUUAGGCUUCCGGGAGGGCAGCAUCCGCCUACGACUGGUCACCGCAUACCCGACCGUCGCCGUCGGCCUCAAGCACGACCUCGGCGCCCUGCCCUGCCGCACCGCGACCCACGAGGCGGAGCUCCGUCUGGACGGCGCGAUGCGCGUGACACAGGCGACGCUGGAGCCGCCCGGCGUGCCCCUGCCCAAGACACUGGCCGGCAUGCCUCUCCCUGCAGCGGUCCAGGAGAUCAUGCGGACCGUGGCUGGGCAUGGCCACAGACGCCACUUGCUCAGCAGCUGCCCGGCAGCCUCCUCGACGGACACCGCUCUCGUCGACGCGAGCCUCAGCCUGGCAGGGGGAGGGAACGUGGCGCUGUCCCUGCGCGACACAUGGCCAGGGUCUGCCGUGGACGAGGUCUGCGUGACUGGCUUGGCGGGGACGCGUCGCUUCAUGGGCGUCGACCUCGCCCAGAUCGCGGGCCAGCUGUCCGAGGGGCGCUAG